CAACAGAGCAAAGCAGCAAGUUGUUCCAAUGUUGUUCUCUAUUUUCUACAUUGCAUCAGUUUUAGUUGUCUUCGGUGCGUCGCUGAGAGUGAAUGUGUUUAAAACGUAUGAGACGGGAAAUAUUUCGUCCAACUCAGAAUCUCAUUAACCGGUUUGGCGUGUUUUAGGACAUUUUUUUAUUUGAUUUAACACACUCGGAGAAUCCAAUGUGAAUUUUUGAAACAACAACAAAAAAAUUCCCUACAAAAAAAGUUAAAACAACAAAAAAUCCCAAAUUCCAUGUGAAUACGUCAUUCUUCUAAAUACAUGUGUGUAUUCUAUAUAUCGUCGUCAUUAAAAACGUGAUAUUGUUAAAUUAAACUUAUUUAUUAUUCACGGCUUCUUAACGCGGUUAUUUUUAAACCCCCCUUUGACAGCUCUGAUUAGUAUCAGCUUAAUAUUUCUAUAUUUUGCCUGUUGCUUGCUUAUAUUUGCGCAUCCAUAACGGAGAAAUAGCUCCUAUAACAAAUUUUGCACUACCCAAUUUUCUUGGAAUUUCGUCGUCGUCGUUUCUGGGUGUGAAAGUGUGUUUGAUGUGUAAUUUAAGUCGUAAUCGCUUAGUAUAAUCUCGCAUGUAGAAGAUUCAAAUGUGCUCCAGUAGCAACACUGGCUCUACUAUUUGAGAUAGAUGAUUUAUGUCAAAGUGAUCAAAAGUGUCAUCUUGGUAUUCGGGUUGCAAUUUCCCGCUUAAUUUUAUUUGAUUGAUAACACUUUGUUGGGUGAUAAAUUUUGAUAUAAAAUAAUAUUUUUAACAGAAAUUAUUAUAUUUCAAGACUUCUGAGAAAGUAUUGAAGAAACUUGAAUUUGUUUAAAGCUAUACAAAGACCGAAACGAAAAAUUGGAUUUGUUGACAUAAUCUGGCGGAAAGGCCCCCCAAACAAUCGUUUCUUUGUUAAAUAAAAUAAACAAAUUCGUAUUUGGUUACAACAACAACAAAUAAAAAAAAAGCUUAAUAUUUCACCCAUACCAAUACAAUUAAGAGAGAUAUUAACACACAAAAAGCGUGUUUGUGCAAUCGUUUCGUUUCGUUACGUGUUGUUAUUAUUUUUUUAUUUUUUUGUAUUAUUUUUUUUAUAAAUACAAACGCGGUUUGCGGUUGUUUAAAUGUGUUAGUGUUAAAAUAACAAAUUAUAAAAAAAAAAUUAAUUCUGUCAGAAAGUGGGUAUUUUGGGAAAAUUCAUUUCUAUUUUUGUUUUGUUGAAAUUUUUCAUCGUCGUACUUGGAUAAAUACUUUAAUUCUAUCAAUCAAGACGAGGGUUUUUGCAUAUGAAAAGUUUCUUAAACUUCUUCAAUUAAAUGAAACAGGUAAAUCUAUGGAUAAAUCUUGUACAAGUGUGUGUUGACCUAAAUAGCCAGUAAUAAUCCAAAGAAUUCAGAUUUCGUCACGUUUGAAAUAAUUUUUAAUCAAAUGACUAUCUUGUGCAUGAAUGGUAAAAUUCAUUCACCCAACUAAAACCCAUCAACAACAAAGAAAAACAGCAGCAGUCCGUUUUUUUUGGAAAACCAUGAAAAGAUCCAUUUGAAAAGGCUUUAGCUGAUAGCACUUUAUUAUUAUAUAUACACAAAACAGACAAAGAUCGUAAACUCCAAUCAACAAGAACUUACAACCGAAUAUCAUUAAAAAUGCCCCAACAUCGCUGCACCAGCAGCUAUCUGCUGGCAAUAGCCAUGCUCCUCCUAUCCAUUGUUCAACUUACAACAACCAGCUCAUCAUCUCUACUCGCCUUCACAAUGAAACUGCGAGAAGAUUGUCAAGAAAUGUCCAGUACCUCUCAAUGUCACUGCUCACCAGUACUAACAGACUUUGAAAUCGCCUGCCCCGGUCAAGGUAUCGACCCCAAAAUUAUGAUACGCAUUCGACAAAACAAUUAUGUUCAAAUUAAUUGCCAUCAUAUUGAUCCAUCAGAAUACAGUCUACUGCCAAAAAUGAACAUUGGAAGUAAUCCAAUGGUACAAAUAAGUCAAUGUCCGUUACCGCCAUUACAACCGAUACAGAGUAUUAUUCAAAGAUUAGGAAUCACUCAAGUGAAUGCUUUGCUUUUUGAAAGUGGUGAACUUGGUGGAUCACUGUCACGUUUACAUUUCCGAGGAUUGCACGAUCUCGGUCGAUUAAGACUUAGUUCGAAUGGUUUGUCAACUCUACCCGAAGAUGUCUUUGCCGAUCUAAAAAAUCUCACCUGGCUCGAUCUCCGUUCGAAUAAAGUCGAAUUACCACAAAAUAUUUUCACCUCAUUGGAGAAUUUAAAUUUUCUAGAACUUGGCCACAAUAAUCUGCAAGAUCUUCCCCCGGGAAUCUUCCGAAAUCAAAAGAAACUCAUACAUUUGAAUCUCUGGAGUAACAAUCUAACAAAUCUCAGCAAAGAUGCCUUUGAAGGUGUCUAUUCAAUAACUGAUCUUGAUUUAAGUGCAAACAAUAUUGUCACUUUCCGUCCGGAUGUGUUUUCCUAUCUCAAGAAUCUCACAACUAUCAAUCUCAAUGGCAACUACUUCAAGUCACUUCCCGAAGGACUUUUUGCAGAAAACAAGAAUCUCUCAUUGUUCCGAUUGAACAAUAAUCGUGUUCCAUUGAAGCAUUUACCUUCGGGACUGCUCUCUAAUCUGCCAAAUCUUCGAGAAGUACGUCUUUCUUGUGACUUAGAGACCAUUCCUCCAAACAUCUUUGCCAAUUCAACGUCCAUUCGAAACAUCACAAUCUCUGGAAAUAAUCUUACCGAACUGCCGUACAUGCUUUUUGCUGAUCAAAUUGAACUGAUCGACUUGGAUCUCACCAGAAAUAAGCUACUUUCCUUGCCAGAAGACAUAUUCCAGAAUACUAGGAACCUAAUAGUACUUCGAUUGUCACACAAUCAGCUGACAAAUGUCACAGGGGAGACCUUUAACUCUUUGGAGAAUCUAGAAUUCCUCUACAUGGAUAACAACAAUUUGCUCACCAUAAGCUCUAAAGCUUUCGGUCACACCCGAAAACUCUCCUACAUCAACAUGGAGAACAACCAAAUCCAUUUACGUGAAUCUUUCUUUGGACUUCUCGAAGAAGGUGAUCAAAUCGAAAUCAGUUCACCAUUUCAAGACCUUCCAGAACUGAGAACCCUAAAUUUGAGAAACAAUUCAAUCCGCCACAUUUUCACCGAUUGGAGAAUGAACAACUUGAAACUGGAAAACCUUGAUCUCUCCCACAAUAACAUCAACAUGAUCACCGAUAAUGAUCUUCUAUAUCUUAGCAGACGGAUCUUUGUCAACCUUACCCACAACAAUAUUACCAGAAUAAAUUUCUCAGGAAUCGAUUAUCUAGACUUGAACCUUUCCGAACAGAAGAUUCAAGCUGCUGUAAGCUAUAAUCCUCUCUUCUGUGAUUGUGAACCGUUGUUCUUCUUGCAAUACUUGAAUGGACAUCUAGGAAGUCAGUUGAAGGAUGCUUUGAAAAUAUCAGCCAAUCAUCUGGAAUGUAGCGGCCCUGAGAAUUUAAAAGGGCGUUUAGUACAAGACCUAUCUCCAAUGGAACUUCUUUGUCCACUGGAAUAUGAAAGAAACCGUUGUCCUGUUGGCUGUGAGUGCAUGGUUCGGACAUUCGAUCGUGUUCUGAUUCUGAAUUGUUCCAAUGCUGGUUUCACUGAAAUUCCAGCCCUUCCAACAUUAAAUACUGCCAGUUCUAAUGGAACCGAACUCUAUGUAGAACAUAACAGACUUACCAGUCUUCCCAAUAUCACCUCGCCAGGUUUUGAAGAAGUUAUCCGGCUUUAUGCAGCUUUUAAUAACAUCUCUCAAGUUAGUGUCCAAAAUUUGCCAAAGAAUCUCAAGACCUUGGAUUUGUCACACAACAAACUUAACCUUUUGAACUCGAGUAUCCUAGAGUUUUUCAACAAAAGUAAAAGCCUUAAUUCUGUGUCUCUUAGCGCGAAUCCAUGGACUUGUGAGUGUGACUCCAAACCUCUCCUAGAGUUUGUACAAUUGAACUUUAAGAAGAUUCCCGAUCUUAAGCAAAUGGUGUGUUUAAGUGGAGAGAAAUUCCAGUCUUUAUCAAUCAGCGCCAUCUGUCCGUUUGAGGAGAAUCUUGUUAUAGCCAUGAGUAUGCUUGUUGCUAUAAUUGGACUGACUUUAGGCACCUUGGCAGCCCUGUACUAUAAAUAUCAAGUGGAAAUCAAGGUCUGGCUUUAUGCUCAUAAUAUGUGCCUGUGGUUUGUUACCGAAGAAGAACUCGAUAAGGACAAGAAAUAUGAUGCCUUCUUGUCGUAUUCUCAUCAAGACGAAGACUUAGUUGCAGAUUAUUUGGUACCGGAACUUGAAAACGGUCCAACACCGUUUAAACUGUGUCUUCACCUUCGUGAUUGGGUUGUGGGAGAGUUUAUUCCCACUCAGAUUGUACGUUCAGUUGACGAGUCUCGAAGAACUAUCGUAGUGCUGUCGCCUAAUUUCAUAGAAUCUGUGUGGGGACGAAUGGAGUUCAGGGCCGCUCACACCGCAGCCUUGAAUGAAGGGCGAGCUAGGGUAAUUGUGAUAAUCUAUGGAGAUAUUGGAAACGUAGACGAUCUUGACCCAGAAUUGAGGGCUUAUUUGAAAAUGAACACCUAUGUGAAAUGGGGUGAUCCAUGGUUCUGGGAUAAACUACGUUAUGCUAUGCCCCAUCCAUCGAAUAACAUAUCUGGACUGGUUAAGACCGCUCUUAAAAGUUCAACAGAUGAUAAGUUAGAACUUAUUAAACCCUCGCCAGUGACUCCUCCCCUAACAACACCACCUGCCGAACAAGCUGGAAAGAAUCCAUUGAUGGUGAAACUUAACGGUGGCAACCCUAUGAUGACCAAUGGAAAUGGUGUACAACCCUAUUAUUUGAAUGGAAAACUGCCCAACGGUCAUAAUGGACACAUUAAUGGAGCCUAUAUUAUUAACACAAAUGCCAAGCAAAGUGAUGUAUAGGACAGACUUGACUUCGGAACCUAUUACCAUCUAGAGUAGUUGUUGUGUGAGAAAUAUAAAGUUAUUUUUUAAACAAGAGAGAGACUAAAGAACACCCACAAAAUAAUAUUAUGGACACAAACUAUCUUUAUCCUUGAUGUGCAUUAUUUACAAAACAAAAUUGAAAAAAAAAAAAAUUCAACACUAUAAAUAAAAUUUAAUAAAAAGAAAAAAAUAAAAACCGAUCCUUCUAUACUACAUCGGCGGCGCCAUGAAUGACAUUAAAAGGGGCUCCAAAGAUUUUUGGACUUGACAAAGCCCUGGUUACGUGUAGCUUGUAAAAUCAUUCGAAAUGUAGGUAUCAUGUCGCAAAUGGAAAAAAUUUUAAAUUUUAAGAACUGACGCUCAAAUGAUGUAUAAUAUUAUUUUGUUUUUAAUUUUUUUUUUAAUAAAUAAAAUUAUAUUUUAAA